CCAGACGGUGGAGUGCGUGCAUGGAUGACGAUUCUGAGCUGCUUUUUCGUUUCUUUCACCUCCUACGGACAGCUGAAUGCCUUCGGCGUGUUUCAGACAUAUUACGCCGACAACCAGCUUGCUAGCCAAACAGCGUCAAAUAUAAGCUGGAUAGGAAGUUUACAACUCAGCAUUAUUUAUUUUAGCGGGCUCUUUCUCGGCCCUGCUAUGGAUCGCUAUGGCUCAAAAGUUCUUCUUAUUUCCGGGUGGCUAUUGUCGGCCUUUUGUCUGAUGAUGCUGUCUCUGUCAACAAGUUACUACCAGAUCCUUCUGUCGCAUGGGUUUGGGUUCGGUGUUGGUGCCGCUUUCCAGUGUGUGAAGCUGAUCAUACCUGCUCACUGGUUCAAGAACAAGCUUGCGUUAGCAAUGGGCAUCGUGAGUACC